GGCACUGCAGGGAGCCCUGUCGUUGCUCACCAGUGACAAGUGGGACUGUUUUUACACCUUCUUUCUAAAUAAGGAAGCGGCCUGACAGACAUAUGACCACCGACCCAAUUUGGGUGCUGUCCCGAGGGCCUGCUCAACUCCCCCCUCGUUCUGGACCAGCAAUGACAAAUCAUUGAAGGCACUUUCCUGCUGCUAUCGGGGCCGUCUCCGAUCUUGCAUUGGGAGUCGGAUCCAGGGAGGGACCGGUGAUGUGGAGCCCCUGGCUGGUCUGACUGUGGGCUCUGGUUUCUUUCUUUGUUUCUUUCUCUUUUAAUUUUGGUGCAUGGCGGAUUAUUUCUCGCAACUCUUCUUUUUGGUCGAGGAGCAGGAGAGAGAGCAAGUGUGUGCGUGUAGGGGGGAGAGAGAGAGGCGUGGAGGUAGGAGCUGCAAAACAUGGUAAUCACCAGCAGCAGCACCAGCACCAUCACCUCCAGCGUCUCCUCUCCUCCUCUGCACCGGGGCUUGCGUUUCAUGCCCUGCACAGCUCCAGAAAUAACCCUCAGCCAGCAUGCCGAAGAGAGAAAAACAAGAAGAGCGGUAUUUUUAGGCUCAUUAAUUUGGACCACGUGGUCUGAAGGUAAACCGGAUGGCCGGAGCUCACAGGCUCCUCGUCAGUAUGUCCUGCGAGGCCGGCACGCCGCACUGGACGCUGACCACGGCGGUUCUCCUGAGCCUCCUGCUGGGCAUCGUGUCGGCGUACCCGCUCUCGAGCGGCCGGACGAAUGGCACCUUGCUGCUGGAGAAGCGCUGGGAGACGCUCUUCUCUCGCUCCGUGCUCGGGAUCUCCGGGGAGAAGCCGGAGCUCAACUGGGAGAGUGACUACCUGCUGGGCAUCAAGAGAGUAAGGAGGCUCUACUGCAACGUGGGCAUCGGCUUCCACCUCCAGAUCCUCCCCGACGGCACGAUCAACGGUGUCCACCACGAGAACCAGUACAGUCUCAUUGAGAUCUCCACGGUGGAGAGAGGAGUAGUGAGCCUGUAUGGAGUCAAGAGUGACUUGUAUGUCGCCAUGAACAGACGAGGGAGGUUAUAUGGGACGACAGUCUUCCACGACGAGUGCAAGUUCCGAGAGCGGAUGCUCCCCAACAACUACAACGCCUACGAGUCGCUGGCGUACAGAGGCUCCUUCGUGGCGCUCAGCAAGUACGGCCGCGUCAAGAGGGGCAACAAGGCCACCACUGCCAUGACUGUGACGCAUUUCCUACCCCGAAUAUUACCUCCCCCGAGCAAAGACCGGCAAUAACACACUUAUUUGCACAUGUGGAUUCUUUCCCAGGUAACGUCAAUGCCCUGUCCAUACUGUACAUCCUUAAAAAACCUGCAACCGACUGUCACAGAGAGAAUAUCCAAUAGUAUUUAUUCAGACUUUAUAUGUAUAUUUGGGUAGCUUACUUUGUAUUAGAAAUGAUGAAAUGCCUUUCUUUGCUGCUUUUAUGGAUUUCAACCAAUUUGUGUUGGGGAGAAAGAGAGAGAGAGCGAGAGAGGCUUCAAUUGGUCUCUUCAUUCUACUGUAUGGGUGCUUGUUGAAGUCAGUGGAGCGCGUGCCCUGUCAGCUCUUCUUUUUGGAUAUGAUCAUUGUAUUACCUCAAAGCACCAAAACGUCUGAAAAAUAUACAUGCAUGGAACUACUGAGGAAAAAAAUGCCUGUGAACAUAUUUUUGUUGUGCACCAUCUCUGUUUGUUGGAUAUCAGCUCUGACAGGGUAAGUUAGAGCACUUGCAAAUAUGGCGGUGGUUGUUCUUGCUUUGUCAUGAGGUAGCGGUGCCUUGAAUUCCUAUUGUGGCCCCCCCCUUCUCUUUGCAUGUAAGUAAUGCCGGUGCUGAAGUCAGAAAUAGGAAUGAUGGACAAGUCAUCACUCCACAAGCCAGACGCUAGCGCUGGUCUUGAUCCCCAUUCCUGGUGGGGCACAAAAUGUUCCCACUGGGAACAAUGUAAAGGAAGUGAAUUGUGACCGUGUGCUGCACAUGACGCAGCGGAGCCUUUUUGUCCAGCUCUAGGGCAUCAUCAGAGGGAGCUUUGACAAUCCCACAAUUUGGUUAUCAGUAGAGCUUGUGGACAUGCCAUUGUUAUCAAGUAUAAACGAAAUUCAUUUGUCCCACUUAGGUUCUACUUUAUGUGAAAUUAGGACAAAAAGUGACAAAAUGGAUCUCUUUUGGUUUGGCACUUAAAGGCCUUUUUGCAGGAAAUAGUGUGGAUGCUACUGUUGAUUAGUCAGUUCACUGUCAAUGAGGGUAUGCUUUGAGGGACAUCAGGAUUUUACAUUUCAGGUACCCCAGUCCCUCCCAUUUAGAUUCACAUUUGUUUUUAUGAUUGAUGAAAGCUAUUUAUGCAAAGUGGUCACUGAUUAUGUAGCGUAUUUUACAUGAAUGCAACCCUUUGAGAUACUGUAAUGUGGCGAUGGGCGGGGACAAAGCUCACGGCAACAGUCAUGCUCAGAGUUGGACUUUUAAGGGCCUCUGCUCGUGGCUUCCAUUGUUGGUUUAAGGAUGCGAGUAAUGUGGAUGAGCAAUUGUGGGCCCCAUCCAUCCAAGCCACUUGUGUAGUAAGACUAUAGGUGCUGACAUCAGCUUCUCGGGUUUCUGACAUUUAGUCGUUUUCUUGUUGCAAACUUGUUCUUUGAGCGAAACAACGAGCGAGCUUCUCGUGUUUUCCCAUGUGCAAUGCGACGAGGAUGUCACGAUUCAUCAAGACCGUUUUCGGUCCUGUCGAAAUGCGCUGCAAUCAAUUUUAGUUUUGGCGUACAGUGGAACCUCUGAAGGACUAGAAUUGGUCAGUCAAGCAAGUUGAAAAGAAAAUAUUUCAACGGUCGGAAAAGUACAAAUCUCAAACGCCACAAACACGACUGUGAAGGCAGAUUAGACUCACAUGGCAACACAAAAAAGCUGAAAUCUGAUUGGACAAAAAAGGGGUGUCAAACCUAAUCGAUUGUUUGACAAUUUAAUCGACUGCCAUUUUAAAAAUUAAGUAACCGUUUAGAGCCCUUUUUAAAUGUGCUUUUGCAGACUUUGAUCGGAAGGAAGUGGUGGUGCUCAUAUUCUGUGAAAGUGUGGAGUCUUAAAAACAAGAUCCCUGUGCAGUAUCAAUGAUGAUCUUGUGUUUUGUCAGGACAGGGAUUUCCUGUCUGUUUUUGUGGGUUGUGUACUCCCUCCACAUUAUGUUCUAAAGUAGCACAUACAUUCAGAUUAGUUCCAUGCAGUCUACCUCUUUAGAGCUUGCCUAUUUUUUGUCAUUUCCCUGCAUUAUACCUCUAUAUCAAUUUUCUUUUCAUUUGACAUACUGUAUCUCAAUUAUUUACUAACAUUACUAGGCUGAACGUCUUCCCCUUAUUAGAUGCCUAGUCCCCAAUGUAGUUGGGAAAACAAACACCUGGACUGUUUGUUUCAUUCACUUACGGUAUUAUGCCAUCACUUUAAUUUUUAUAUACAGGCGACAUUCGCAUACACAGAUUUUCUUUUCCCCAAUAUAAUAUUUUAAAAAUAUUUAAAAAAAUAUUUAUUAUUUAUCUAUUUAUUUUCGCCUGUAUUAGCGGGAGUCGACUGUAGUGUCCGAAAUAAUUUACUCAUCAGUCAAAUGAAAAUUUGUUUUGAAGCACUACUCAAGCUGGACAUUAAUUAUGUCAGUGCCAUUGCAUAGUUACAACAUACUGGAUGAACCGCUAUACUUUAAUUAGAUAUUGU